AUGGAAGGAACUUGUGAGGAACAGGGUUUCAAACAUUCAGGAUCUCACUUCAGAUGUCUACUGGAGAUAUGUUCCUGUUACUCAGCCUGCAAGUCAGUCAGUCAUGCUAGUCAACCAGCUAGCUAUUCACUGCACACUCUCAAGGUAAGGCCAUCGAGGAAGGAAGACGCCUCUAUUCUCCUGUACUGCAAGAUAAAAGAGUUGACACUAUCCCUUUCAAAUCAAGAAAGUGCUAGAUUACAACCACAGUUAAUCCAUCCACACGGAGCAUCCGAAAUAGUUAAACUAAUCAUCAACACAGAGCAUUCGGGAUGCUGGAAGGUUCAACACAGAACAGGUCAAGGCUACUGUUUCUCUGAGGACUUUGACCACAGGCCAAGAAUUGCAACGAUCCUUAACAGUCUGUCCGACUAUAGCAACACAAUACCGGCGCCGACGGACCCGGAUGCUAAGCCUGUGUCGGCAGCCUCUAGUAAAUCAGAAAGCGCUCGCAUGGGAACACUUAUCGGUGUCUUUCUGCCCUGCAUACAGAAUAUCUUUGGCGUUAUUCUUUUCAUUCGACUAACAUGGGUCGUCGGCACCGCUGGUGCCAUACAAGGCUUCCUUAUCGUCUUCUGUUGCUGCUGUGUUACUAUGUUAACAGCAAUCAGUAUGAGUGCUAUAGCAACGAAUGGUGUAGUACCAGCAGGUGGCUCCUACUUUAUGAUAUCUCGAAGCUUGGGUCCUGAGUUCGGCGGAGCCGUGGGGAUGCUGUUCUACACGGGGACGACCCUUGCUGCCGCCAUGUAUAUCAUCGGAGCUGUUGAAAUUGUUCUAACAUACAUGGCGCCAUCACUAAGUAUUUUUGGAGACUUCACAAAGGAUGCAAGCAUUAUGUACAAUAACUUUCGUGUAUAUGGAUCAUGUUUGUUAAUCGUAAUGGGGACGAUAGUUUUUGUUGGUGUUAAAUUUGUCAAUAAAUUUGCAACGGUGGCUCUAGCUUGUGUUAUAUUUUCCAUUAUUGCGGUGUAUGUCGGACUGUUUUAUAAUUUCAAUGGCAGUGACAAAUUAAAGAUUUGCGUUCUUGGUACGAGAUUACUGAAAGAUAUUAAUGUAAUAGCUAAUUGUAGCAAAUACUCUCCCGGGUUAAACGAAACCUUUUGUACAAGCGUUAGGGGCGAUCAAUGCGAUCCUUAUUAUCUACAGAACAACGUGACUAUCCGUAAUGGUCUUCGUGGACUGGCUAGUGGCGUAUUUUUAGAAAAUAUUCUGGGUAGUUUCCAAGAGGAAGGUCAAUACAUCGCAUAUGGAUCAGCGCCAAGAGAUGUCGAUUUUAUGGGAGGAAAGUCAUAUAAUCAAAUUCAAGUUGAUCUGACAACAACGUUUACUAUUCUAAUUGGUAUCUUCUUUCCUUCUGUUACAGGCAUUAUGGCUGGUUCUAACAGAUCCGGUGACUUGGCCGAUGCUCAAAAGUCCAUCCCCAUUGGUACUAUCUGCGCUAUUUUAACGACUUCGACAGUGUAUCUUUCGUGCGUACUGCUAUUUGCUGGUACGGUUGACAACCUCUUGCUACGUGACAAAUUCGGCCAAAGUAUCGGUGGUAAACUCGUCGUGGCGAACAUCGCUUGGCCAAAUGAAUGGGUCAUACUCGUCGGCUCUUUCCUAUCGACACUUGGAGCUGGCUUGCAGUCGCUAACGGGUGCUCCGAGACUUCUCCAAGCAAUUGCUAAGGACGGCAUAAUACCCUUUCUUCGGCCAUUUGCCAAAAGCUCGAGUAGAGGCGAGCCAACCCGAGCCCUUGUACUAACCGUUGCUAUUUGCCAGUGUGGAAUUCUUUUGGGUAACGUCGAUUACCUAGCGCCGCUACUUUCCAUGUUUUUUCUCAUGUGUUACGGAUUUGUGAACCUAGCCUGCGCCGUUCAGACACUACUACGUACACCCAACUGGCGGCCGCGAUUCAAAUACUAUCACUGGAGUCUAUCGUUUAUUGGACUAUCUCUUUGCAUCGCAGUAAUGUUCAUGACGAGUUGGUACUAUGCAUUAGUGGCCAUGGGAAUGGCUGGGCUCAUUUACAAAUAUAUUGAGUAUAGAGGUGCAGAGAAGGAAUGGGGUGAUGGAAUUCGGGGGCUCGCUCUGUCAGCUGCGCGAUAUUCACUUCUCCGCCUCGAGGAGGGACCGCCCCAUACGAAAAACUGGCGCCCGCAGAUCCUUAUUCUGGCUAAAAUUACAGAUGAUCUCGCUCCAAAAUAUCGUAAAAUGUUCGCCUUUGUUAGUCAGUUAAAAGCUAGCAAGGGUCUAACCAUUGCAGUCAGUUGCAUCGCUGGAGACUACACUCGUAGAUCUGGAGAUGCUAACGCUGUCAAACAAGCUUUGAGGAGAACUAUGGAAGAAGAAAAGGUUAAAGGUUUUGUGGAUGUUUUGGUGACCCGCAACGUGAUCGAUGGCUUAAGUUCACUCGUUCAAAUGACUGGCUUAGGCGGGAUGAAGCCCAACUGUGUGAUCCUUGGUUGGCCCUAUAGCUGGCGUCAAACGGAGAGUAGCCACACAUGGCGUACUUUCUUACAGACGAUGCGCUGCGUCACCGCAGCCAAAAUGGCGCUUAUUGUACCUAAGGGUAUAAACUUUUUCCCAGACUCAACUGAGAAGGUCAUUGGUGAUAUCCACGUUUGGUGGAUCGUACACGAUGGCGGUCUUCUCAUGCUUUUACCUUUCCUACUGAAGCAGCAUCGUACCUGGAAGAAUUGCAAAAUGAAGAUUUUUACUGUCGCCCAAAUGGAGGAUAAUUCCAUACAAAUGAAGAAAGACUUGAAAAAGCUCCUUUACGAUCUUAGAAUUGAAGCCGAGGUGGAAGUUGUCGAAAUGAUGGAUUCAGAUAUUUCUGCAUACACUUAUGAGAGAACGCUAUUGAUGGAACAAAGAAAUCAGAUGUUACGAGAAAUGCAAUUGAGCAAGAAGGAAUCAAUAGGAAUCACAUCAGUGGACUUCAACGAGGUACCUGCCGAGGAAAAUUUACCUCCGGUUUGUCAGAAUACCCUUAAGGCUCCAGAUGUCCUUCUCCAAUUUAGUGUCUUCAUCUUGAUGUUUUUUUUUAACAAUCAAGUUCAAUAUGUCUCAUAUCUAUUUAUUUUUGUACAGGCGAUCGUUGACCAUCAUCAUCAGAAUAUGGAGAUCAAACAAACAAAGGUCCGUUUCCAGGAACCUGGAACACAGCAGCAAAGUCCUAGUGCUGGAGACGAGCAGGAAAACUCAAAUAAGUCUGCCAUCUCUCCUGAAGAGAAGGAAAAACUUGACAACUCGAUCCAAGAGAAUGUUGUGUCCGAAAGUUCACCGAAACUUAGCAAAAAUGAAAUUGAGAAGGAAGCAACUACAGAAAAUCAGGAGAUUCCUCAAGAGAUUAGGGAAGGUGAUGAUGAAGACGAUUCUGAACCUCAUACGCCUGGAGCAGAUAACGUGAGACGAAUGCAUACAGCAGUAAAAUUAAACGAAGUUAUUGUUAACAAGAGCCAUGAAGCUCAACUGGUCAUUCUAAAUCUUCCUGGACCACCUAAAGAUACUAAUAUUGAACGCGAAUCAAAUUAUAUGGUGUUCUUGGAGGUGCUAACGGAAGGUCUAGAGCGUGUACUUAUAGUGCGGGGUGGAGGCCGAGAGGUGAUAACCAUGUACUCCUGAAGAGGAAUAAUAGCCAUAACAGUAGAAGCAAUUGAAAUUGAAAUCGGUAGAUCACAAUCACUAUCGAGCACUAAUUCACUUUUUACGCAUCAAAGUGAUCACUUAAUUCUCAACUAUGUAACUACAAGUACACCAAUACUGUCGUAAAUCUGCAACAGCAGCUCAUUAUGUAUCCCUAUUAAAGCCCAAGGUCGCAUUCAAUAACGCAAUACGAGGGAUAACUAAUAAAAUAGGUAAAUAGCAUCUUAUUACAAUAAAGAAGAUAAUGCGAAUAUUGGAAUGAAAGAGGGUAAAAAAAUAUAGCGUCCACCUAUCCUCGUAAGAAUAAACGCCAAUAUCACGUGCCAAAAGUUCGCUUUCAAAGCACAAUUGAAAUAAAUGUUCAGCGCGUAAGUGAAUACGAUUAAGAAUAUCAGGAGAAGGUUUAGCUGCUGUUCAUUCUGAUGAGUUAGAAUUCAAUACUAAAUAAAUUUUUCUAAUCAUCUAAGAUUUUUCAUCACAAUGGGUCGCUAAAUGAUACUUUACCCUCACAAUUACUAAAUCACAAAUGUAUACUACUUUUUUAUUCUCAAUAUUUCAAUAUUUUCGAUGUACUACUAAAAUAGUCGAAAUAUAUCAUCUUAGAGUAUUUCGAAUCAAAAUUAAUUUAAGCAGAAGAUAACAAAAAAUUAACAAAGGAAGUAUCUUAUUACAGUACUUAUAAGUAUAAUAAAUAUUCAUAGUGUGUAUGAUAGUGAGUUUAUGUAGCUGAAAAAAAAUUAUUCAAGAUAAAAGCAUUUAAACUUCUGUCAUACGAAAAAACUCUACGUCCAGUUCAGUUUCAAUUACAAAUAAAAACAAAAAUUCAUACUUACA